CUGUGCUAUUAUAAAUAGAUGCAUUUCCAAUCAGUAGUAUAUGAACAAAAAGUAAGUCAAACUGUCUUGCAUAAAUUUUGAUUUAGAUCAUAAGUUCUCAUUGAUCCAAAAACAUUAAUCCUUUCGUAAUGGAGGAUAAAUAUUUCUUAUGGUUUUCCAUCCUUUUAAGUCUUAUUGUCCUUUUGAUGUUAAACUUGGUAAAGAAAAUAUUCAAAAGUGACCAAAUUACCUCAGAUCUUCCUCCAGGGCCUUGGAAGCUACCAAUUUUUGGAAGCAUACAUCACCUGUUUGGCUCCCUACCACACCACAAAUUGAGAGAAUUGUCCAAAAAAUAUGGCCCUAUCAUGCACCUACAACUUGGUGAAACUUCAACCAUAGUUAUUUCUUCUAAAGAAAUUGCACAAGAGGUGCUCAAAACCAAUGAUCUCAAAUUUGCUCAAAGAUAUCGCUUUAUUGGUGCAGAAAUUGUAACUUAUGGUUGCACCAACCUUGUGUUUUCACCCUAUGGAGACUAUUGGAAGGAGCUAAGAAAAAUCUGCACAUUGGAGCUGUUGAGUACGAACCGUGUGAGAUCAUUCCAAUCAAUUAGGAAGGAAGAGGUGUCAAAUUUUAUUAAAAAUAUUUCUUCAAACACUGGAUCUAAAAUCAACCUCAGUCAUGAAAUUUUAUCUUUGUCAUAUAACAUUAUUUCAAGAGCAGCUUUUGGUGAUAAAUGCAAGGAGCAAGAAGCAUUUACCACAUUCAUCAAGGAAACUGCAAAGAUGGCUGAGAGUUUUAGUUUCACUAAUCUGUUUCCCUCACAGCAUUGGCUACAUGUUAUUAGUGGAAUGAUUGUUAAAUUGAGGAAAAUCCAUAAAACUGGAGAUGAGAUUCUUGAAAAGAUUAUCAACAAUGCAACAACAAAGACAGGUGGAGAUGGAAGUCUUUUAUCCUAUCUUUUGAAUCUCAAUAUUCAUGCAUCUCCUAACCGUGAUGGAUUUCAUUUGACAACCAACAACAUUAAAGCUGUUAUUCAGGAUAUAUUUUUUGCUGGAAGUGGGACAUCAGCUACAACUUUAGAAUGGGCCUUUUCAGAAAUGUUGAAAAAUCCAAGAGUAUUAAAAAAGGCUCAAGCAGAAGUUAGGCAUGUUGUUGGAAGCAAGGGAUAUGUUGAUGAAAUAAAUCUUCAAGAACUAAAAUAUUUAAAAGCAGUGAUUAAAGAAACCUUAAGAUUGCACCCUCCUGGUCCUCUACUAAUUCCAAGAGAGUGUAUUGAAAAUUGUGUGGUUAACGGAUACAUAAUACCAGCCGGAACACAAGUGCUUGUGAAUGCAUGGGCAAUUGGAAGAGACCCAAAGUAUUGGAAUGAAGGAGAAAAGUUUAAUCCUGAGAGAUUUAUUGAUUGUCCAAUUGAUUACAAAGGGUCUAAUUUCGAGUUUAUACCUUUUGGUGCUGGAAGAAGAAUGUGUCCCGGCAUCUUGUUCGCCGAAGUUGGUAUGGAAUUUCCUCUGGCUCAGUUGUUGUACUAUUUUGAUUGGGGACUUCCCUCUGGAACUAGUCAUGAAAAUUUAGACAUGACUGAAGCUUUAGGCUCUGAGGCCAAAAGGAAAAAUGAUCUAUUUGUAAUUCCGAUUUCUUACAAUUCUGUAUCUCUAGACUAAGAUUUUUUUUCUUUUUAAGGUACCUAAUGAAUAAGGGUUGAGUUUCAUUAA